ACUCAGUUUAAAUGUUCUUGUGCAUGUAAUAAGUAACUAUUUGGUAUAGCACCAGCUUUUAUCUCAUAAAGUACCUAUACCUAUUGAUAAAGUUUUCUUGCAUCGAGUUCAACAUGAAAAGUGUCUGGUGUAUUAUAUCGUUUCUGGAAGUUUUGAUUAGUUUUUCUGUAUCUCAACGAAUUCAAGACGCAAAUCAUCAGAUUGUUCAAAAUGGACUGCUGAAUUUUGGAGUAAAAAUGAACACCAUUUUAUUGGAAAAUAAUACAGAAAGCAAAAAUAUUCUGUUUUCUCCAUUUAACCUCUAUGCAACUCUGGCUCUAAUCCAUCUUGGUAGCAAUGGAACUACAAGUGAUGAAAUUUCCAACGUUUUGGGUAUUCCUAAAACUUUUUCGCCAAAAAUUCUCCAUGAAGUAUUGCAACAUUUUUCCUCAGCGGCACAGACGAGUUUCCAUUUCAAUAAAUCGUUUAAAAAUGGCACCAAAGUCGACGUAAAAGCAUCAGAUUUGAAAUUAGGCAGCGGAAUAUUUAUUCAAAAAGAUUUCAAGCUGAAAGCAGCCUAUGUCGAAGCUGUCCAGCGACACCACAGCAGUAAAGUUUUUCGUGUGGAUUUCAAUAAUAAAAGUGAAGAAGUUAAACACAUGAUUAAUGAAUUUAUCGCAAACAAGACCGAAUACAGAAUACACGAGUUACUCGAUGAACCUUUAUCGCAAGACACACUCUUGAUGUUGACCAGUUGCUCGCAUUUGAAAUCAGUUUGGUUAGACAAAUUCGAUCCAGCAUUGACUAAUAGGGAGACCUUUUACACUGGUAAACGUAACUUCACUGUAAAAAUGAUGAACAGUGUCGUUAGUGCACCAUAUGCCAACAUAUCAUCCCUAGGAGUGGAAGUUGUAAAAUUAAGAUUCAUCGACAAAGCGUGUUCCAUGUUCGUAGUACUACCUUAUGAAAAUCAACCUCUAGAAACCCUCCUCCUACGUAAUUUAACUUCCGAUAAAAUCAACACAAUAGUUGACGAAAUCAAUAAACUAGACGAAGACUUCGACGUGGUAUUGAAAUUACCCAAAACAGCUUUCAAAUGGUCCAAAUCUGUGAAAAAUCAACUCAUUCAGCUUGGACUCGAUGCAGAAACUUUUGAAUCGCCAGAUUUGAGUGAUAUGAUCGAAGAAAAAAAUACGACUAGAAUGAUCGAAAUUGACGAUAUUAGCCACAGUACCGAUAUUAAGAUUAACGAAGAUGGAUCCGAUACAAACGCCGUUUCCAUUGUUUCGUGCGAGUGGAGGAUGUAUAAUUACGAAAGUGUGAUAUUCCACGUUAAUAGGCCUUUUUUCUUCUUCAUUUAUAAUCGUAAUGUUAAGACUGUGCUGUUCUUUGGGACUGUGUUUGAUCCGAAUGGCGAUUCCAAUUAGGUGACUUUUUAUAAGGCUUGAGUGCAGAGGCGAUUCGCUCGAAAGAUUUUUUGGUGACAGGAGAGGAGGGGGAGGAAGUGUGGAGCAAAUCUGAUGAAUAGAGGUUGAAGAUAUGCCAAAUAAUUUUUUUUUCAGACUCGUUUUCAAGAAAUUUUUAUCUUUGCUCCAAAAUUUAUAAUUCGAAAUCAAUUUAAAAAUUCAACAAACCAAACGAAAUUUGUCUUGAAAUUUUUUUUCUCCCCCUCCAUCGAUCAGUCCCUACCUCUGAUUUUUUUUAAACGCGAUAAAUAAAUUAAAACUGUCAAGUAUCUACGAAUGUAAAUUUUUGUAAUUAUUUUUUUGUGAUUUGUUAAAAUAAGUACUCUUUGUUUAAUAUACUUUUAUAUUUGUUUGUUAAAAAAUUAA